AUGAAGGACGAGCGUGUGUACAGCCAAGACGAGCUGCGCAAGGGCGGCAAGUUGCUGGCCAUCUCCGGCAGAGUGUACGAUGUGAGCGAGUUCAUUGCCCGCCAUCCGGGCGGCAAGGUCCUCACCUACUACCUCGGUCAAGACGCCACUGAUGCCUUUGAUGCAUUUCAUCCGGGCAGGAAGGCUACCGCUAUGCUGCCUGCGCUUGAGAUUGGAACGAUGGCGCCUCGUCGAAUCGAGUCUGUAGAGGUUGAGGGCGACGAUGAUGUGACCUCCUCCUUCCGCGCUCUUCGUCGAGAGCUUGCUGCUGAAGGCAUGUUUGACGCCGAGCCGGGCUUCUUUCUUCUCCAGCUGGCGAUUAUUGUGGCGAUGGAGAUGGGCGGUGUGUGGCUCUCGACGAUGGCGGCAAUGAGCGGGUCGUGGGUGCUGUUCUGGGUGGCAGCGGCGGUGCUUGCUACGGCGCAGAUCCAGUCGGGCUGGCUGCAACACGACUUUGGCCAUUUGGCGGUGUUCAAGGCGCGAUGGAUGAACAUUGCGGCUCACAAGGUGCUGAUGGCUGGCUUCAAAGGCGCGUCGUCGCCGUGGUGGCGGUCACGGCACAACCGACAUCACGCCAAGCCAAACCAUCUGCACGCCGACCCGGACGUCCACAACGAGCCACUCUUCCUCUUCGACGAGGUCAUGUCCGAGGAGGAGAUGGGCUGGGCCGGCACCUUUGCACAGGGCUGGUACUGGUGGCUUCUUGGCCCACCACUGGUCACCACUGUCGUCUUUCUCAUCACUAACAUCGUCGACUGCGUCAAGCGUGGGCUGUGGCUCGAUCUUGUGCUCGGUCUCUCAUACCUGCCGCGGUUUUGGGGCGUGCACAUGGGGUGGAGUGGGCACACGUUCUGGGGCGCGGCGGGCCUCUACUUUGCGGUCCGUGUGCUGGAGUCGAUGUGGUUCACCUGGGUCACGGCCAUGAACCACUUUCCCAUGGGCAUCGUCUCGAUGCGGUCGCAGGCUUCGCCCAAGUCGUGGGUCGCCGCCCAGUUUGACGCCACCCAGAACCUCAGCCCAGGUGCGGUCGCCGACUGGUUCACCGGCCACCUCAACUAUCAGAUCGAGCAUCAUCUGUUCCCGGCCAUGCCGCGCCACAACUACCCGCGCAUUGCGCCGCGGAUCACCGCCUUUGCCGCGAGGCACGGCCUCGCCUACAACGUGGCGAGCCUGCCGAGCGCCGCCGCCCAGGUCAUUGCCACCCUUCAUCGCGUCGGUCGCGGCAAGCGUCAGUAGCGCGACUCAGGCUAGGCUCGAACCGCGUGCCGCGGCUACCAGCUCCGGCUCCGGCUCCGGCUUGACCUUGCACUCGGAGCGGAUCCGCGCCACGUCGGCAAGAGCCGACCAGUCCGAGGUGACCACAAAGCCAGCGGCAAUAGUGGUGACGACCGAGUAGCCGAUGACCAUAGAGAGCCAGAUGCCGCGGAGCCCGCGGUGGUCUCUGAAGACAAAGACGUAGGCGAGCGGGAUACAGACGAGCCAAGCGCCGACGAAAAAGGCAAGGGCGACCGGAAGCGGCCGCGCCUGGCCGUCGAGGAUAGCCAUGCAGGUGUAGAAGAC